AUGGACCAGACUAGGAAGGUGAAGGAGAGCGAUGCUGAAGGCUGUGAGGAUCGUAGGGGUGGCACACGGAAGGCGGAAACUCCGUCCUCUGCAAAUGGCCCUUCCCGGGAGGGCUCCUGGCUGCUGCCCACUAGGGAAGGCCACGCCGUGUACCCCCAGCUCCGGCCUGGCUACAUCCCCAUCCCUGUCCUCCACGAAGGCGCCGAGAGCCGGCAGCCGCACCCUGUCUUUGCCUCUGCCCAGCCCGGGACGCAGCGAUUCCGAACCGAGGCAGCUGCGACAGCUCCUCAGAGGUGCCAGUCACCUCUGCGGGGUGUGGCAGAAGCCAGCCAGCCAGAUAAACAGUGCGGACAGGCGGGAGCAGCUGUGGCCGCCCAGCCCCCAGCCUCCCACAGACCCGAGCGAUCCCAGUCUCCGGCAGCCUCAGACUGCUCGUCUUCGUCGUCCUCGGCCAGCCUGCCCUCCUCUGGCAGGAGCAGCCUAGGCAGUCACCAGCUCCCCCGGGGAUACAUCCCCAUCCCUGUGAUACAUGAGCAGAACGUCACCCGGCCGGCGGCCCAGCCUUCCUUCCACCAAGCCCAGAAGACGCACUACCCAGCACAGCAGAGCGAAUACCAGACCCACCAGCCUGUGUACCACAAGAUCCAGGGGGAUGACUGGGAGCCUCGGCCCCUGCGGGCAGCAUCCCCGUUCCGUUCACCGGUCCUGGGCGCAUCCAGCCGGGAGGGCUCUCCAGCCAGAGGCAGCACGCCGGUGCACUCCCCAUCGCCCCUGCGUGUGCACUCCAUGGCCGACAGGCCUCAGCAGCCCAUGACCCAUCGAGAAUCUUCGACUGUUCCCCAGCCCGAAAACAAACCAGAAAGCAAACCAGGCCCAGGUGGACCAGAACUCCUUCCUGGACACAUCCCGAUACAAGUGAUCCGGAAGGAGGCGGAUGCCCAGCCCGUCGCCCAGAAGCCCCCACCUCCGUCGGAGAAGGUGGAAGUGAAGCUUUCUUCUGCUCCAGCUCCUUGUCCCCCUCCCAGCCCUGCCCCUUCUGCUGUCCCCUCAGCCCCCAAGAAUGUGGCUGCAGAAGAGAGGGCAGCCCCCAGCCCUGCCCCUGCUGAAGCCACACCCCCAAAGCCCGGAGAAGCUGAUGCGCCCCCAAAACAUCCCGGUGUGCUGAAAGUGGAAGCUAUCCUGGAAAAGGUGCAAGGGCUGGAGGAGGCCGUGGACAACUUUGAAGGCAAGAAGACAGACAAAAAGUACCUGAUGAUAGAAGAGUAUUUGACCAAAGAGCUGCUGGCCCUGGAUUCAGUAGACCCUGAGGGACGAGCCGAUGUCCGUCAGGCCAGGAGAGAUGGCGUCAGGAAGGUUCAGACCAUCCUGGAAAAACUCGAACAGAAAGCAAUAGAUGUUCCAGGUCAAGUCCAGGUUUAUGAACUCCAGCCCAGUUCCCUUGAAAGCGAUCAGCCACUGCAGGAAAUCAUAGAGAUGGGCGCCACGGUAGCAGACAAGAGUAAGAAAAGUGCCGGAAAUGGAGAAGAUCCCCAAACUGAAACCCAGCAGCCGGAAGCCAAAGCAGCAGCCACUCCAAACCCGAGCAGCACGACGGACACAGCUGGCGACCCAGCGGUGCCGUAGGCAGACCUGAGACUGGGAACUGACGGUGUGCUCUAGGGAAUUCUAAGUUGCAUGCAUUUCAGGGACUUUAAAUCUGUUGGAUUUUACUAUUCGUAGCAGCUUGGCACGCAGUAACCCGGGUGGAGGCAAAACAGUAAUGGAGCUAAAAGGAAAAUGAUGCUUUUCUUCAGUAUUCUGAUUCUGUACAAAUAAAGCAGUCGCUUGUUUCAGAAGUUUAACCCCAUCGCUUGUUGUUCGGGGGCCUCCCCUGCAUGGGCACCACAUGUUAGCCAUGGUUGUGAGCUGUCUUCCUGUCACUCUGGACUGGAGGAGAUUUUUAGGGGGUAGAUGGGGAGUCGAUUUCUCAUCACAUAAGAAAUAUGAAACCCAUUUUUCAGAAAUGUUGCCAUUUCAGUGAGAUGAUUUUCUUCAUCUCGUAGCCAAAAUAUCUAACUUGAGAUAGAAUAAAAUGUGUAAGAAGCCCUAGGAAUAUCUGUAUGUUGGAUGACUUUAGUGCUACAUUUUAAAAAAAAAGAGAAAAUAAAGAAAUAAUAUGA